AAAUACAGUGGUGGGAUUUGAUUUUCGGCAACUGGGUUGGUUUUAAAUUCUAAAUCCUUUUCAUUUCUCUUUCAUCUUCUGGGUUAAAAGUUGAAUAAAUUGAACAUAAAUGGUGUCUUCCCCUGUUUUUCUGCAAAAGACCUUAAAAUCGAUCGGGGAAGAUGUGGUUGAUGCGGUAUUGCCCAUAUCGAAACUCCUCUCCAUAGCUCUAAUAGGUCUGGUUCUCACCCACCCAAAAAUCCAAUUCCUUCCCAAAGCCACUCUCCAUGUCUUGAGCAGGCUUGUCUUCUAUCUGUUCCUCCCCUGUUUGAUUUUUACCCACCUUGGUCCUUAUAUGUCUCUCAGGCAUUUCGUCGAAUGGUGGUUCAUCCCUGUGAAUGUAAUCAUCAGCACUACCGUUGGUUGCGUUCUGGGUUGUUUGGUGGCAUUCAUCUGCCGUCCACCUCCAGAGUUCUUCAGGUUCACUGUCAUCAUGACUGCGUUUGGAAACACAGGGAAUAUCCCCAUUGUGGUAGUUUCAGCGGUCUGCCACACAACGGACAACCCCUUCGGAUCCUCUUGCUCGGAAGGUGUUGCGUAUGUAUCCUUUUCUCAAUGGGUAUCUGUUGUUCUUGUUUAUACCUUCGUUUAUCACAUGAUGGAGCCGCCACUGGAGUACUGGAAGACUGCGGCGGAGGAAGAGGAGGAAGACGAGGCAGAGAUCGUGGAAAUAGAAGAAGAACAGGUACAUGUCAACCUCAGCAGCCCGCUUCUCAUUGAAGCAGAGUGGCCGGGGUUGGAGGCCAAAGAAACAGAGCACAGUAAAACACCCUUCAUUGCAAGGAUCUUCAACAGCUUCACUGGAGAAUCCAGAACAGAUAUCCCUGAUCUGGAAUCAAUCGGGGAGGAAACUCCAGGCAGUCCCAAAUCCAUCAAGUGUCUGGCAGUCCCAAAAAUGGUUAGAAAGAUCAGAAUUGUUGCGGAACAUACUCCAAUCCAUCACAUUCUCCAGCCUCCCUUGCUGGCCUUUGUAUUAACCAUUAUCAUAGGGAUGAUACCGAAGGUAAACACCUUUGUUUUUGGUACUGAUACAGCCUUCUCCAUCAUCACAGGCAGCUUAGAGAUCAUCGUGGAGGCAAUGGUGCCAUCAGUGAUGCUAAUUCUGGGAGGAAUGCUAACGGAGGGACCAAACGAAUCCAGGCUGGGACUUCGCACCACUGUGGGAAUCAUCAUAGCAAGGCUUCUAGUGCUUCCCCUUAUAGGAAUUGGGAUCAUUCAAUUAGCCAAUAAAUGGAGGGUGUUGGUAUCUGGGGAUGAAGUGUACAGAUUUGUGCUUCUGCUUCAGUACACAACACCAAGUGCCAUCCUGUUGGGUGCAGUUGCAAGCUUGAGGGGAUAUGCAGCGAAAGAGGCUUCAGCCCUUCUGUUUUGGCAACAUGUCUUUGCCCUGUUCUCCCUUUCAGUCUACCUCAUACUCUACUUCAGGAUACUGAUUUCUUAUGUCUGAGGUUAGUUCAUGAAAUACUUGAAUACUCAGUUUAUGGAUAGCAGUAAAGAGGACACGAUGGAUUAUAUAUUAAAAAUAUAAUUUGUUUUAUAAAUUUAUUUUAUUAAA